AUGGAAUCUCUGAACCCUCUCCCACCUGAAACGAUCCUUGUUUCGCUUGAUGUUACCUCCCUCUAUACUAACAUCCCCCAUGACGAUGGUAUUGAAGCCUGUAGGGAAGUCUGGAACUCUCGUAACACCUUACAUCCACCAACUGAAUGUCUCAUCCAGCUUCUAACUUUGGUAUUGAAAUGCAAUAACUUCGUAUUUAAUGGCGAACACUUCCUCCAAGUUAAUGGAACAGCAAUGGGAACAAAGAUGGCCCCGUCUUAUGCCAAUAUUUUUAUGGGGAAAUUAGAACAAAGAAUUCUCAAUGCAUCUCUUCAUCAACCCCUCUCUUGGUUUCGAUUUAUCGACGAUAUUGACAUGAAGUGGGACAAUACUGAACAAGAACUAAAUCUGUUCAUUCAUCAUGCCAACAAUGCCCAUCCCUCAAUAAAAUUCACAUAUGAAAUCUCUGACUCUAAGAUCACAUUUCUUGACACUACAACGCAAUUGAGGGAUGGAAACAUAUUAACAGAUCUGUAUUGCAAGCCCACAGACAAACAUCAAUAUUUAUCUCCUUUGAGUUGUCAUCCCAAACACUGCACCAAGAGCAUUCCCUACAGCCAGGCCAUACAAAUAAAAAGGAUUUGCUCCACCAACGAUAUUGAAAAAAAACGUCUACAAGAACUUCGCGGUCACCUUAAACAUCGGGGCUACAAAAGAAAAGACAUUGAUAAAGGUUUUUCUCGUGCUAACAACAUCAGCCGAGAUGAGCUUUUACAAUAUAAAGAAAAAAAGGUCAACAAGAGGGUGCCUUUUGUGUUGAAUUACAAUCCAAAAUUUGACAACUUAUCUCACCUAAUCCGCGAAAAUUGGAAAGAGAUCGAAAAACAUUCAAAACUAUCCAAGAUCUUUCCCGAGCCACCUGUACUGGCAUUCAGUAGGCCCAAAAGCCCUAAAGACUUGCUGGUGAGAGCUGAUUUAUCCUCUCAAGCAGGCUUAUCAUCUAUGGGAUCUUGCAAGGGUUGCGGAAACAAACCAUAUUUUGCAAUGUUAAUUGCAAGACUUCAAAUGUUGUGUAUCUCUUACAGUGUAAAUGUGGUAAACAGUAUGUUGGCGAGUCAGAACAGCCGUUUCACAAACGAAUGA